GCUUUUUAUUUUUUUAUUUUUUAAUUUUACGUUAUUUUAUUUUAUUUAUAAAAAUCAAUAAGCUUCUUCCUUCCCAAUCACGAAAACUAAUCAAAUAUGAGUUUGACCCAUAAUAGGCGAGUGGUCGGUUGACCAUGGGUGAGAUACCCGACCUUCCAGAGUUCCGUAUCGCAAAGCCUCCCCAUAGUGGUGCACUAAGGCGCAUGGCCUCCACGCCUCUCACGUCAUCCUUCCUGAAUAAUAGUUCAAUGAGCACAGGAGCACCAGUGAAUUUAACUGGUUCGUCCGCACGGCACAUGGGCGCAAAAAAUGCGCUUUCUGGCUCAGGACAUGGCCUAUUCGACCCUUACCGGUCACCAUCCUCAUCUCCCCAGCAUUGUUACCAUCACGAUAAGGAUCAGAUAACAGAGAAAAGCGAGCUUUCGAGCAGAAUUGACUCUUCGCCUCUACAACCGACCUCUGUACAGAGAUCUGUCCUAUCGUCACCUCCACCUUCAGGAGCGGACAGUUUCCCUAGCGAUGAUGUGCCUGCUGAAAGUACCAGUGGAUCACUUGCUAACCAGGUCCGUACUGCUCGUAAGAUGCCUAGUACGCCUAGUUUGGGCCAGCAUAUGCGAGAAGGACAAACUAUAUCUCAUUUGGAGCAUCAACAAAAACGUCACGUCGAUAGAUUUACGAUGGGGCUUGCAAGAGGACAUUUACAUGCGACUGUUUCAAAAUGGACUGGAUCUUCACCACGGUCCGAAGGAGAGAUGUCAGAGGACGAAGAGUUGGAUGAAAGGAAUGUUGACAUUGAUAGGGCAAAUGAAGAAAUUGAUAAUUAUGCUUUGAGCCCAUGGGCCACUGGCCCAAGUGCCCUUGCUGCUGCGAAGGCAGCUCAAAAGGCAGGUAUCAUUAUAAGUGACGACACUAGUGGCGACACUAGUGAUAAAAAGUUCAGUGAUGAGGAUAUGGACAAGGUACAGUCAACAGCUGUUCAGAAUGAACCGGUGCCACCGCAAGGGUUAGCAAGUACAGGAGCGUUUGCCUCUUCAUCAACCAUGAUAGAAGAUGAUGCAGAGACUGCUGUGUCAGUAAUCGGCACUAUUUCUGACCCAACUCCUAUGCAGCCGGCAGAAAGUGAUGAUGUGGUUAACGGCGGCGUCGAUAGCGGUUCGGUGUAUACAGCGACUAAAGAAUUAAACUCAUUGAUGAUUGGGUGUGCAGCAGAGCAAAAGGACAACGGAAAGAAGCAGAAGAAAGAAGGGGAUGCUGUCGCUAAAUCGCACAGCGAUGAAGACACUGAAAUGGCUGAGGCGACAUGGGAUAUGCAAGAUUAAAAAAAAAAAAAAAAACGCCAACGGCAAAUAUGCGCAAAAAAAAAAAAAAGAUUGAAUUCAUUUGUUUGUACUUUCAAUUUAUUAUUAUUAUUAUUAUUAUUAUUGUUGUUAUUCCUACUAGUACUACUAUUACUAACUACAAAAUUAUUAUUAUUGUUAUAACUAUUAUUAUUGAUCAAUAAAAAAAUCCAGCGUAAUGAGUAUACACCA